AUGGCCAGUAACGAGCUCAACUACAUCCACCGAGAGAUGCACGAGGAGAUGGACGUAGACCCGGAUCUAGACGUGGAGCCGGAGCCGCAUAAGAACAAGGAGAUUAGUAGGUACGUAGACGCGGGCGUACCUGUGGAUAUGGCUGAGAGGAUGUACAUCUGCGGGUAUGGGGAGCUAAUCAUGAAUAUGUCCGAUCAUGUCUUACGGCUCAUAAGUAUCUUUAUCGCGCCAUUGACGGAGUUCUAA